AUGAAUAAUUAUGCUUUUGCACUUACUGAGCAUAUAAUUAAUACAUAUCCAAUGCUUGAUGUAAGAUAUAACACUGAAGGUCGAACUUAUGAAGGUUUUCCAAUUAAUUCAAUUUAUCUUGGAUUUAGAGAUAGACAAAAUCCAGUUGUUUUUAUUGAUGCUGGCAUUCAUGCACGUGAAUGGCAUUCCAGGAACUUAGCAUUGAAUAUUCUUUAUCAAUUGGGAAAAGAAGCAGAACUUGGUGUCAAUGGAAUAUUAUUCAAUGUAUCUUUCAUCAUUAUACCAAAUCUUAAUCCUGAUGGAUAUGCUUACAGUUAUAGUCGUGAUAAAAAUUGGAGAAAAAAUCGUCGUCCAGUAAGCAACGUUUGUUAUGGAGUUGAUGGCAAUCGAAACUACGACAUUGAAUGGACAAAUGGAGAACUAGAAAAGAAUCCUUGUGGUGAUAUUUAUAAAGGACCGGAACCAUUUUCUGAAGUGGAAACGCAAAUUGUUAGAGAUAUUUUGACAAACUAUAAAGAUCAGUGCUUUUUGUACAUUUCGAUUCAUACGUUCGGCAAUAAGAUUCUUUAUCCUCCUGGAUAUUCAACACAGCCACAUGCAAGAAAACAUUUACUCCAUAGAGUUGCAACGACUGGCGUAAAGGCAGUCUAUGAAAGAACAGGAACACGAUUUGGUGCUGAUCAAUCUGGAUCUGGUCUUUAUGUAGCAGCUGGUGGAAGUGACGACUAUGCAAUGGAUGUAUUAGGAAUUCCUUUCGCAUAUACUUUCGAAAGUGGAUUAGAAGAACUUGGAUUUACGGUUCCAGAACCAUAUCUUAAGAAAACAAUUUUUGAAGGCUGGAUUGCAAUCAAAGCAAUGAUUAAGGAAGCAUAUUAUUUGAUUAAUCGCCAUCCUUAGAACAGAUAUUGUACUAAUUAAUAGCGAUGAUGAAUAAAUAAGAAAGUUUGGGAAAGCUUAAGUUUUUUUAGGGAUCAUUUACUUAUGACGUCAAUCAUUUAGGAGGGCUGAGAAUU